UAUGGAGGGCUUAAAAAAGGAGAUUUAUCGGCAAUGGGCAAAUUUGAAAUUUCUGUCCCCACUUUUAAGCAGCUUCCUCGGUUUGACAGCAGAGGCACUGCGAUCGACUGGGAUACUACAUUUUCAUUCAGUACAACAAUGAGUCGUGGUAGAAAUUGCUUUGUACCUGGCUGUACAAGUGGGAAUCCCAAUAAAAACAAGGCAAAUAAAGAACGGGGUGAAAGAAACCCAAGCCUUUUCAAAGCUCCUAAUGAUCCUAGCUUGCUACAGCAGUGGCAAAAGGCGAUACCCAGAUCAGACAAGACACUUAGCAGCAAAGAUGCUGUUUGUGAACUACAUUUAUCGCUUGAGGGGGCGAAAUUUUCUGUAAAAGCUUUUUAAAAUCUGUCCUAGGAAUCUACUAAGAACGUCGAUUUUUGAAAAUUUAUCUCUUAAAAGGGUUAUAUUAGGGGUGAAAAUUUGUACAAUUUUUUAAAAUCGGUUCUAGAUGUAGUAAUUUCAUAAAGUA